AUGUCAACUAUCAACGAAUUGCAUCGUUUAGAGACGGCCGACAUUGAGAUCGGGGUUUCAGAAGCCCUCAAACGACAUGCAACUAGGCAUGUUGCCCAGCAUAAGCCCGUUUCCGGUCGUGUUCUGGCAUUCGAGCGGCGGCGACCAAGAUGGCUGAGGGAAUGCGUCGGCGAAGCCACAGGCGUGUUUCUUUACGUUUUCCCGGGGCUGGCCUCUGUCGCUGGGUUCUUGAUCCAUGCCUCCACUCAGGAGCCACCUGUGACGGUGUACAGCAGUUUCUUCCAAAUUGGUCUGGCAUUUGCCAUGGGUAUCAUGUUUGCCAUUGUCAUUGCCGGCCCAACAUCCGGAGGUCAUUUUAAUCCCGCCGUGACCAUAUCUUUGGCUGUUUGGCAAGGAUUUCCCUGGAAGAAGGUCCCUCACUACAUCCUAUCCCAGACAUUUGGUUCAUUCAUGGCCGGCCUCCUAGUCAUGGGGAUGUAUCGACAACAGAUCCUCGAGUUUGAAGCAGCUGCCAUGACAGCAGGUGUACCUCUAGUUUCCGGAUCGGGGCCUGCAUCUAUAUUUGCAUCGUUUCCGUUGGAAAAUCAGAGCCUCGGAUAUCUAUUCAUGAUCGAGUUCUUCGUCGACAGUUUCAUUGGCCUCGUCAUCUGGUCUUGCAUCGACCCCGCGAACCCAUUCGUCUCGCCCACAACCGUCCCGAUCGUCAUCGGCGUUGGCUACGGUGCCAUGGUCUGGGGGUUUGCGGAUAUAACCAUCUCGACAAACAUGGCCAGGGAUCUGGGCUGUCGGAUUGUGGCAGCCAUCUUCUAUGGUCGUGAAGCGUUUUCGUACAAAUCGUACUGCUGGAUUUCGCUCUUGGUGAACAUUCCUGCCACGCUGUUUGCGACUGGGUUUUAUGAGCUUUUCUUGAGAGACUCGGUGCAGUUGAUCAACAAGGGAGGAGUCGCGCAUCAAGAAGGUGACGACGGGUUGCGACGGUAUCUUAGCGAGGUUGGUAUGCUGAAGGAUGGCGAGCAGAUGGAGACGACAAUGCAUGUGUCUAACACGACUGCCAUCGGAAAGGGCCUUGCUAGGUAG